AUGGACGCCAAUGUUCUUUACAGUAAUCUCACCGAGCUUCUCCUGUCAGAAUUCCCUGAUGAUGACUUGCAAAUGUCACUCGCUGAGCUCCUAGGCUUUGAUGAUCUAGACACUGUAUCACGCCUAAUCCAGUCACGCUCUCAAAUCAAACGCAGUCUGACUAGUACAAAUCAAACGCCUCGGAGCAAGGCACCUGUCGCACAGACACCCAAAAAGAAUGCAAUGGACGGCCUUAUGACGCAAGACGACAUCAAGCGCCAGGUCGUACGCAACGGCAAGCGUCCUUUGUUCAGCAACGCGAAUCCCAAAAUUGUCGAGGAAGAGCGAUACCCACACGUCUACGGUGCAUCAUCUUCUGCGUUGACAAUGGCUUUCAACGGAAAGAGCCUUGCUCUACCACAAGACUCGACAAGGGAGGAACAUGACUACUACGAAGAAAUCACCAUCCCGCCCGCACGAACGAUACCUCCUAUGCUGGGCGAGGAGCCAAAGGUGGUGGAGCAUCUAGAUGCCUUGUGUAGCAACACCUUCAAGGGCUACAAGACACUGAAUCGCAUACAGUCCCUUGUCUAUAAUGUUGCUUACACGACGAACGAGAACAUGCUCAUCUGUGCUCCCACAGGAGCCGGUAAGACUGAUGUGGCAAUGCUCACCAUUCUUCAAACACUUGCCAACAACUGCACGCCAGACCCGCAUCGUGAGCCGUCGGCCACUGAAUUCACGCUCCACAAGGAUGAUUUCAAGAUCAUUUAUGUCGCACCGAUGAAAGCUCUUGCGGCAGAGAUUGUCGAAAAGUUCUCCAAAAAGCUUUCUUGGCUUGGCGUCAAGUGCCGAGAGCUGACAGGUGAUAUGCAAUUGACAAAGCACGAGAUCCAGGCGACUCAAAUUCUCGUCACGACCCCAGAGAAGUGGGAUGUCGUUACUCGCAAGGGCAUGACGGGCGAUGUAGAGCUUGUGCAAAAAGUCAGGCUACUCAUUCUCGAUGAGGUCCAUAUGUUGCACGAUGAGCGAGGAGCCGUCAUUGAAUCCUUGGUGGCGAGAACGCUACGGUACGUGGAAGCCUCGCAGAGCAUGGUUCGCAUCGUUGGUCUCUCUGCUACGUUGCCAAAUUAUCUCGACGUUGCAGACUUCCUCAAAGUCAAUCGCUACGUUGGCUUAUUCUUCUUUUCCUCUGCAUUCAGGCCAGUUGGCCUAGAGCAGCACUUUAUCGGAGUCAAGGGCAAGGCAGGCUCAAAGGUGUCCAAUGAGCGUCUCGACAAGGCCACUUUCGAGAAGGUGCACGAACUAGUCAAGGAAGGGCAUCAGGUCAUGGUUUUUGUGCACGCAAGAAAAGCCACUGUCAAGACCGCUACCACUCUGCUCGAAAUGGCUACCGCAGAAGGUGAUGCUCUUGCCUUUGAUCCAUCUGAGCACGCACAAUUCGACAUCGCCAAGCGUGAUCUGGGUCGCUCGAAGAACCGAGAGCUUCGAGAACUUUUUGUCAAAGGCUUUGGUAUCCAUCAUGCAGGCAUGUUGCGAUCUGAUCGUAAUUUGGUGGAGAAGUACUUUGGCAGUGGCGUCUUGAAAGUCCUCUGCUGUACGGCCACUCUUGCAUGGGGUGUCAAUUUGCCCGCCUACGCGGUUGUUAUCCGAGGUACGCAGUUGUACGAUCCACAGAAAGGUUCUUUCGUCGACCUCGGAGUACUGGAUGUGUUGCAAAUAUUUGGUCGUGCAGGACGACCUCAAUUCGAAACACACGGUGUGGGCUACAUUUGCACAACGCACGACAAAUUGGCUCACUAUACCAAUGCCAUCACCGCUCAACACCCUAUCGAGUCGCAAUUUGCAGAAAGACUUGUCGAUAACUUGAAUGCAGAGAUUUCCCUUGGUACGGUGACCAAUGUGACGGAGGCAGUCUCUUGGCUCAGCUACACGUACCUCUUUGUUCGCAUGCGAAAGAAUCCUCGUGUAUAUGGCAUCGAAGUGGGCGAAUAUCAAGAUGAUCCAGCGCUUGUCGGUCGUCGCCGUGAUCUUAUCAUUGCAGCCGCUAUGCAGCUUCACAAAACGCAGAUGAUUGUCUACAACCCGGAGACAGAACUUUUGACGCCAAAAGACCUUGGUCGCAUUGCGUCCAACUUUUACAUCAGCCACAAGUCCAUCGAGGUCUUCAAUGAGCUAAUGAAGCCUAAAAUGGCAGAGGCCGACGUGUUCAAUAUGAUAUCCUUGGCCACUGAGUUCUCACAGAUGCAGAGCCGAGACAACGAGCAUCAGGAACUCGAUCAGAUGCGUCAAUUUGCUGCUCCUUGUCAAAUCAAGGCAGAAACAAGUACAACGCCAGGAAAGGUCAAUACUCUCCUGCAGGGCUACGUAUCGAAGGCGAGUGUAGAAGAUUUCGCACUUGUGAGUGACACCAAUUAUGUGGCACAGAACGGAGCUAGAGUCGCUCGAGCACUUUUCGAGAUUGCCUUGUCUCGCUCUUGGCCAUCUGCCUCUGUCAUUCUCAGCGUAGGCCAGAUGAUUGACAAACGAAUGUGGUCCUUUGAGCACCCGCUCGGCCAAAUGGAUUUGAAGAGGGAGGUGACCAUGAAGCUUGAAGAGAAACAUACUGCCUCUACUAUCGAACAGUUGCGAGAAAUGGACGCAGCGGAACUUGGAGCACUCAUCAAUUUCAAUCGCAUGGGCCAUCAAAUCAAGAAUGCAGUCGACAAUUUUCCGCUCUUGUCAAUUGAGUAUGAAGUUGCACCAUUGACCCGCCAAGUACUACGCGUCAAAUUAUACAUUACGCCCGACUUCAAUUGGUACUCGCGUAUUCACGGCACGGCAGAGCACUUUUGGAUAUGGGUGGAAGAUGACGAAGGCACAGAAAUACUGUAUCAUGAGUCGUUCAUGUUGACCCAGCGGAAGUCGCGUGAAACACACGAAAUGUCGUUCACUAUUCCUUUGGCUGAUCCCAUCCCCUCUCAAAUUUACGUACGCGCAGUCAGUGAUCGAUGGCUUGGUGCUGAAACCGUCACGGCUGUCUCGUUGUCAAAUCUUAUUCUUCCUCGCGACGCCAAUCCAGCAACUGAGCUGCUCAACCUUCAGCCAUUACCCAUUACUGCAUUGCAGGAUCCAAUCUUGGAAGACAUUUGCGCUCAACGAUUCCUUUACUUCAACCCUGUACAAACUCAGUACUUCCACACUCUGUACCACACAGAUCAGAAUGUGCUGGUAGGCGCACCCACUGGUUCUGGCAAGACGACUGCUGCUGAGCUUGCUUUGUGGUGGGCCUUCCGCAAGUUUCCAAAGGGCAAGGUCGUGUACAUUGCACCGAUGAAGGCACUCGUCCGGGAACGUGUCAAUGACUGGACUGCACGUCUGACAGGUCCCAUGCAGCGGAAGCUUGUCGAGCUGACUGGUGACAACACGCCAGACACCUCGAAAAUCACCUCGGCUGAUAUAAUCAUUACGACACCGGAGAAGUGGGAUGGUAUCUCUCGGAGUUGGAAAAACCGAGGAUACGUUCGAGACAUCUCGCUUGUCAUCAUCGAUGAAAUUCAUCUAUUAGGCGGUGAUCGUGGCCCAAUCCUCGAGGUGAUCGUCUCGCGCAUGAACUACAUUGCCCAGCAGACAAAGAAGCCAGUCAGGAUUGUCGGACUCAGUACAGCAGUGGCGAAUCCUUUGGAUCUUGCCGAAUGGCUCAACAUCAAGCCCGGCGCUCUUUACAACUUUAGACAUGCCGCACCAGUCGAAAUAUACAUUGACGAUUUCCCUGGUCGUGCUUAUUGCCCUCGAAUGGCUUCGAUGAACAGACCUGCCUUCGCUGCAAUCAAGACACAUGCGCCAAACAAGCCCGUGUUGAUAUUUGUCAGCUCUCGAAGGCAAACCCGAUUGACUGCUCAAGACCUCAUCACUCUCUGCGGCAACGAAGACAAUCCAAGACGCUUUAUGCACAUGCCGGACGAGGAACUCGAGAUGAUUUUGACUCGUGUCACAGAUGAGUCUCUACGGUUAUCGCUACAAUUUGGAAUCGCGCUUCACCAUGCUAGUUUGACGGAAGAUGACCGGCGUCUGUCCGAAGAGCUGUUUACGAACCAGAAGGUACAGAUUCUCGUGGCUACAAGUACGCUUGCCUGGGGAAUCAACACCCCAGCGUCGCUCGUCAUCAUCAAGGGAACCGAGUACUUCGACGCAAAGAUUGGUGGAUACAAGGAUAUGGACUUGACAGAUGUCUUGCAGAUGCUCGGCCGUGCGGGUCGACCUCAGUACGACACACACGGCAUCGCUCGCAUCUUUGUCAAAGACAACAAGAAGUCAUUCUAUAAGCACUUCCUCCACAGUGGCUUUCCUGUCGAAUCUUCGCUACAUAAUGUCUUGCCAGAUCAUCUUUGUGCUGAACUUGCAGCAGAAACUAUCAUCUCGAUGAAUGAUGCAUUCGACUUUUUGACCGGCACAUACUAUUUCAGACGCAUCCAACAGAACCCAAGUUACUAUGGCCUGCAAGAAACGUCGUCUGAGGGAUUGAUUGCCUAUAUGACCAAUUGGCUAACGGAGUGCAUUGAUGUGCUCAUGGCUUCGCACGUAGUGGAAGCAACUGAUCUCGGUGGCUUGCGUGCAACCAGUUUGGGCAAGAUUACCUCCUACUAUUAUCUGUCCCACAAAACGAUUCGCAAGUUUGUCGAGCAAGUCUGCGACAAGGCUACCUUUGAGCAGGCCCUGCGAUGGUUAUCGGAAGCAACAGAGUUUGAUGAGCAGCCAGUACGUCACAACGAGGAUCUAGUCAACGCUGAGCUUGCAAAGCUUCUGCGCUUCAAUGGCAAAGACUUUGGCCUACCCAUGUGGGAUCCUCAUGUCAAGGCAUACUUGCUCUUACAAGCACACUUUGAGCGCCUCACAUUGUCUAUUGCAGACUAUAUUACGGAUACGAUAUCUGUCUUGGAUCAAAGCAUUCGGGUGCUGCAGGCCUACAUCGAUGUCACGGCUGAACAAGGUUGUUGGUCAACGACUGCACGAUUGAUUGAAUUGAUGGUAUGCGUUAAGCAAGGCAUCUGGCACGACGACCAUUCGCUCUUGUUGAUGCCAGGUGUCCAGCCUGCCAAGUUAAAAUCCAGCAAGCGGGCCGCCAGGUUGACGCUGUUGGAGGUGGCAAAGAUGGGCAAAGGAGCCUUAUCAAGUCUCGCGCAGGAAUUGACUGGCCAGAGUGCAGGCCAAUUCAUGAAGAUUGCACAAGCACUACCUGUUCUACAAGUCUCCAUGCAGCCGUUUGACGGUGCUGGCAAACUGCACAUUACACUCAAGAGAAUGGGACGUAUGCUUGAUCCGACAAGUGGUAAAGCAUACUGUCCUCGCUUUCCAAAGCAGCAAUCUGAGGGAUGGUUCGUGUUGCUGGUCAAUCCUCAAAAUGACGAGCUACUUGCGCUUAAACGAGCGAGCAUCAUGCCUGGGCAUGGCUCAUUGACUACGAAAGCUCAUUUGAGUAUACCAGACGAGUGCUUGGGUCUUUCAUUGCAACUUCAUGUGGUCAGUGAUAUUUAUCCAGGAAUCACUUUUGUGCAAGACCUUGUCCUUGGUAGAAAAACGACUUCCGCACUAACUGGUAGUGCACCAGAAGUUAUGCAAAUUGAUCCAGGUGCUAGCAAGUAUCAGCCGGGACAGCAGCUUGAAUAG